AUGGUUCUCUCUACAUCGAUUUCAUCUCUUCUUGCCCUGUCGGCGCUUGCCUUCCUCUCGCUGUCAGCGAGGGCUUCGCCUCAUCCUCGGACAGCAUCGAACACUGCUGCUCUCAAGCUCGCCGUUAGAUUCAACGCGAACGGGAGCAAGAAUAUCGUCGCCGCCGAUCGCGCUCGAGCCCAAGUCUUAACAAAAGAUUCAAAUGGCGGCAGCUCUUCCAUCGAUGUAACCAAUGCUAUUACCACAUACACCGCUGACGUUGGCGUGGGGAGUCCACCAACGUACUAUACGCUCCUGGUAGAUACCGGAAGCUCAAAUACCUGGAUCGGGGCCAACAAGGAUUACACGAAGACCAGCACAAGCCAAGAUACAGGCAAUCAAUUCUAUGUUGAAUACGGGGAUAAGUCCUACACUCGUGGAGAGGAAUACUUGGACACUGUGACGCUCAACUCUGAUCUGGUCAUCGAUAAGCAAUCUAUUGGCGUCGCAUCCGAUUCCACAGGGAUGGAUACUUCGCUGAAUGGACUUCUUGGCGUCGGACCAGUUGACUUAACGGAGGGCACCGUCACUAAUACAAACCAAGUCCCGACUGUGACGGACAACCUUUACGCGCAGGGAACGAUUAGUUCAGAAGUACUCGGGGUGUUCUUCUCGCCUGCCUCCUCUGAUGAUAGCAGUGGUGAGCUCACAUUCGGCGGUUAUGAUGCCUCCAAAAUUACUGGAGACAUUAACUAUGUGCCUAUCACAUCAACAUCUCCGGCAAGUAAUUAUUGGGGCAUUGAUCAAUCCAUCAGCUAUGGGGAUACAGUGAUGUUAUCCGAGACAGCCGGUAUCGUCGACACCGGAACCACCCUUGUUCUCAUUGCCACUGAUACUUUCGACAAAUAUAAGUCAGCGACGGGUGGGACCCUCGAUGAGACCACUGGCUUGUUAAAGAUUUCAUCCGACCAAUACGACCAGCUCUCAUCCUUAUAUUUUACUACCGGUGGCGUAACUUACGAGCUCAGCCCCAACGCGCAAAUCUGGCCUCGAUCGUUGAACACCGCCAUUGGCGGUAGCACCGACGGCAUAUACUUGAUUGUUAGUGACAUCGGGAGCAAGUCUGGUUCUGGCUUGGAUUUUAUCAAUGGCUAUUGUUUCUUAGAGCGUUUUUACUCGGUGUACGACACGACGAACUCCCGAGUCGGGUUUGCCACGACUGAGUACACCUAUGCCACGUCAAAUUAA